UCAUUUGCAUUGGAGAUUUUUUUUUGUUUUUCCGCACAUAUCCGCUCUUGGCCUGGCUUUGCUUUGAGGAUGGUUCUUUCUUUAUUCAAGCCGGGUCGUAAAUCCGAGCCGGACCCACGCAGUAGCGCCGAGCAGCGCGGUGCAGCUGGGCCGUUUCCUACUCGAUUCUGAUGCUGAUUGGCCUCGUUAAGAACGCCAUUGGCUCUUUUCUGCGAUGCCUGCGGGAAGUCCCACCACGGCCAUUUUCAUGGUCGCCCCCCCUACGGCCAUCCAGAGGUGGCAAACCAAACGAAACGGUGGGGGGUCCAAAGAUGGAAAAACUUGCUUAUCACGAGUUAGGCGUGGUGUUACAUUUCUUCCUCAGCAAUUCCCGCCCCCAAGAUUGUGUCAUUCUUAUAUUUUGAAAAGUUUUUUAAUGUGCACGUGUUGGCCACAAACUCAUUUAUAGUUAAAUUUUGCAUUAUUUACUUUACACGAGACGCACAUAUGUAUAAGUCUGCAUAUGACAAUAUAACAAUAAUAAUAUUACAGGAAAUGCUUUUUUAACAAUCAUAUUUCAGUUUAAGGUUAAAAUAGGGAAACACUAACCUAUAACAUUAAAUAUAGAGUUUGAUAUAUGAAUUGUUGCCAAUACACAUGCGACAAUAUUAAAAGUUGUUUAUAAUAUUGAUUAAAUAUUUUCCAUCUUCCGGUAUGUUUAAAAUAUACAGUUUGUGAUACAGUGCAUGCAAAUGUAAAUAGUAACUAACUCGCAUGCAUAGUUUGGCUGUUUUGCCCCCCCCCCCCCUCCCCCCCGUAGUGAGGGCCCCUUCUGAUAGGUCCAGAAGGUCCCCGGGGGGAGUUCGUCCUGCUGGGCAAAAGCCUCCCAGCGUAUAAAGCUUCUCCCGUCUAGUCAACAAGGAGGACAACCGCAUGCACUUUUACGCACCGCCAAUGUCUGCGCUAUUAAUUUUCUAGCUGUUGAGCCUUUUUUUAAUAGUGUUGCCAUGACACUCUCCAGUGAAUACGAAGCGUCCCCGACGUCUCUGGAGGAGAUCGACAUCGUGGGCGAGGACGAAACGAGCACAGCCCCUUACCCCAGCGAUGAUGUCAGCUCCGGGGCCGAGUUCGACUCCUCCGGGGCGGACUCGUCCGCGGAGAGCGAGAGCAGCUUCUGCGCGGACGCUCCUACCACCUCCUCCUCCUCUUCGUCAUCCUCGUCUGUGAAGGCUCAGAGCAGCCUGGUGAAGCCGCCGUACUCCUACAUCGCCCUCAUCACUAUGGCCAUCCUGCAGAGCCCCAUGAAGAAGCUGACCCUCAGCGGCAUCUGCGACUUCAUCAGCAACAAGUUCCCCUACUACCGGGACAAGUUCCCGGCUUGGCAGAACUCCAUCCGGCACAAUCUGUCCCUCAACGACUGCUUCAUCAAGAUCCCCAGGGAGACCGGGAACCCGGGGAAGGGCAACUACUGGUCCCUGGAUCCGGCUUCAGAGGACAUGUUCGACAAUGGCAGCUUCCUCAGACGCAGGAAAAGGUUCAAGAGGAACCAAGCAGCUUUCGGGAAAGACGGACUCAUGUUUUCUAACUACUGCCCGCCUUUUGGGCAGCCGUAUCCCGUCCCCUUGCAGGUCGUCCCCCUGCAGGAUUGCGUCAUGAUGCCACCGAGGUCGUAUCACUUUGUGCCGCAAGGCAGCGGGAAGUGCAGUGUACCCAAAGACUUGAGAACCCAGCUGAGCACGACAGAAGCAGCCGGCCGUGCCGCUCAAGCGAAAUGCUCCUUCAGCAUAGACUCCAUUAUGAGCAAACCAGCUCCCUCUAGUGGUGCGCAUCGGAACACCACACUUUACCCCCAUUUCAUGUCCAGCUCUGCAGCCUGCUUGGUCCCUACACUUCUGCAGAACCCCAGAACUGCAUUUGGACCUUCUCCCAUGUUGAGCAGCGAACACCUCAGACUUUCAUACCCACAUUGUUGAAGUGCUGUUUUCAUUGUGUCAUUAAGAAGACACAAGUUUGGCUCAUUUCUUAAAGAAAUAUAAGGCCUGCAUGAUAUUUAUGUGCGUUAGCAUGGUAACACGUGUCAAACGAAGCGAUGUAAAUAAUAUUUAAUGGUAAUAUAUGAGUGCAAUUAGCUCAGUGCUGCAAUAGUCUUGAUGGUGAAUGGUUUUUAAUAAUGAAUAAAUAUUGUUAAAAAAUACACACAUGAUUUCUAGCGAUCUGUUUAUAUCGGGAAUAUUCCUUAAAAAACAACACUCUUGUCUUAUAAACGAUCUUUGAUUUGUUUUUUUG